AAUCAAUAUUUCCAUCACACUGGCGCUAAAUGUUGAAACUUUUUUGAGUCCCGCCAAAAUUCCCACACAACCCUUAAAAAAAUUAUGGGAUUUCGUGUGUCGUCGCAAUAGAAGCAUUUUCUGGAAUUAAUCGCCGCCGCGAGAGCUGUUUAGUUGCAGAUCCAUCCCCGCCACGGAAUUGUCUAGUGAUAUGUCUGAUCUCAGAACCUAAAAGAGAGCCAGCCGCCAAUUCAGCAUGUACGGGAGAAAAGGAUAUCAGCUGGUGAAAGAUUUUGCGAGCGGGGAGAAGGGCCAGCUCAAACCUUUCAAUAGCAAGCUCUUUGAUGAGACUGUCGAAGAAUGUGACCAGAAUCACCAUCUCAUCCAGUCUUUGAUAAGGAAAAUGCAACAAGAAGGGUUGGAUGUCCAGAACAACAGAAACGCAGAUCACUAUGGAGCACUAAUCCAUCACCUUUCUUUGAUCCGAAACAAGCGCUGCCUCAUGGCCUAUGUGUACAAUAGAGCAGAAAUUGUGCGUGAUUUGGCGUGGAGAGUAGGACUUGAACUUCUCGACCUUCCAUCUGAAAUCCAAGAGAAGCUCACCACACUAGAGAAGGAGUACUUCAAGAACCAUUCGAUAGCUCUAAAAUCGUACAUGGGAAAAGUAGGAAUUGAGUUGAAUGUCGAUAUGGUGCCUCCAAAAGAUCCUUACAUCAAGGUCAGAGUUGUGGAAGAUAUCGACGAAGGAAUUGUGCUGAGUGACAAGACAACGAAUUUUGCCCGUCAUUCUAUGCAUUUCCUCAAACGAACUGAUGCGGAACCGUACAUUGCUCGGGGGCAGAUGGAGGAGCUGACAGGUUGAUUGAUCUAACAGAAGCUAUGGUGGGCUGAGGUUAAUCACGGUCUGGUCUGUGAUCAAAGAGUAAGCUUACAUAUAGUCUUGUAUAAUUGUAAGACAGGAACAUGAAACCUCAUACAGAAUUCAAUGUACAAUUAUUUUCUCUUCCAAAGUUAUAAACAUGAAAUCACUGGGAACAAGGCAUUUAAUUCUAUGAGCAAUCCUU